AUGAAACAUAUUCGUCAUAGUAUCACUUGUUUAUUUGAUUUACCAGAUGAAAUUUUACUUAUCAUUUGUCGUUAUUUAUCUCCCUAUGAUGUUCUUUAUGCAUUUUAUACACCUUCAGAACCUGAACAACGUCUUCAUCGUAUGAUAUUGGAUCAUCGUACAAGAAUAAAAAUUGAUGAAAUACAAAAGAAUGAAUAUGAUCAUUUAUUCAAGUUGUUUUCUCAUUCUGAAACUCCACUACGACCGAAAUCACUCAUAUUGAAUAAUGAACAUGUUACGUGUUUAACAUAUUAUUAUUUUAGUUAUACACCUGAAGAUGUAAUACGAUCGAUGUUUAGUAAUUUAAAAUGUCUCACAUUAAUUGAUUGCUUACAAGAAGAUCUGCAAUAUCUGAAUAAAUAUAUUGAAAAUCUAACAGAACUUCAAUAUCUUCAUAUAGUUAUUCGUAGACGUGAUGAAUAUGAAGAUAUGGAGGAUUUGAAAACAUGUCAUAUAUUAUUCAAUCAAUUAUUAUUCAAUGAAAAACAAAUCUCUUCUAUUCAUACAAUUGAUUAUAAAAUUUAUAAUGGUCUUUUAUUAAAUAAAUCAUUGAAAUCUCAUGAUAAUCUACGAAGUGUUAAUCUUGUUUUACAAACUAUUGAUGAUUUAUAUAUAUUACUUAAUGGACUUGUUCCAAAUGUUCAAAUGAUGAUUAUUAAAUUGUGUCGAUCAACAAUAGAUUCUUUUCAUUAUCCUCAAUAUGUACGAUGUACAUGUCCUCGACUAACAGAUUUUACAUUAUUCGAUUCAUCUUCUGAUUUUGAUGUUGAUGAUAUGAAAUCUAUUCUUGCUUAUAUGACAAAUUUAGUUAUAUUAACAUUAAGUAUUCAUUUCACAUUUGAUCCAUUAUUUUGCCAUGGUCCCACUAUUGAAUCAAUUUUGAAUGAAUAUCUUCCACAUCUUCUUCAAUUUCAUUACACAAUAACCCAUUGUAUUGGUCAGCGAAUCUUAAUUGAAAAUUUUGUUCAAUGGCCAAUGAAUGUUAAAUAUUAUCAUGUGGAACAUUUGAAAUGGGUACAUAUUUAUUCUUUGCCAUGGCCAGCAAAUAAAAAUGAUAAACGACAGUUCCCUUUUAAAGGAGCUGGCUUGAAGCCAUCAGUAUCAUCAGAUGUUAAAAGAUCUGCAUUUAGGAAAUAUGCGAUCAUUACAGACUGUAACAAAUUUCGUUGUUUAAAUACGGAAUUUGAUCAUGUUUGUGAAGUAAUCAGUUCUGUAUCGAUUGAUAUUAAAUUGCCAUUCAAUAUUUACAAAGUAGUUUUUUCAAGUGACACACCCCCUUUUCCAAUAGGUGCAAUAAUUCAAUCUUCUGUUUAUCAUUUAAUUGUUGAACGUUAUUUAUUGGAUGACUACGAAAUGUUACGACUUGCUCAUCAAUUUCCACAUGUUAAAUAUUUAAAUUUAAUACUUCCAUCAAAUAAACAUUCAUUAAUUAAUUGUUUAAACAUUUUUCGCGAUCGAAAAGAUAACAUUAAAAAGACGAGCUGCUAUUGGACUAAAUUGAUCUGUUUUUCAACAAAAUUAGAUAGUAUGCAUAGAGCUAAUAUUGCAAGUGAUAGUCAAUUGUAUGAUUGGCUCAAUCAAUAUACAACUUCAAAGGAUCAGAAAAAUUUUAUUAAAUAUGUUAAUCCUUCUCCAAAUUUAACUAUUUGGUAUUGA